AGUCAAUUGAAUUCCAUCUUCAUCCGUAGGAUAUCAAAAGCGAAAUUUUUCUGAGGAAGUCCGAAGAUUAGAAAAAAAGAAGAAAAAGAUCAAAUCUAAAAAAAUGAAAUGGGAUUAAUUAGAACAUUUAUUUUCCUUAGAAAAACAGAAUAUCAACCACAACAACAAACGAAGGUCGAUCGAUGAGUUUUUCCCCCCUCAAUCCAUUACUUUUCUUUAAGUUCUAAAAUGUCUCCAUUUCUCUUUCUGAGAAAGAAAAGAGUGUUUGUAAGUGUUGCUUUUGGUGGACAAUGCUGAUUGGGUUUUUAAGAUCAAACCCAGAUCUUUAUCUUUUGAUCUAGCUGAAUGCUUUUUUUUCUUCUUCUAAUCUUUGAAAGCUAACGAAAAUUAGUUUCAAGGAGACAACAGGUGAAUAUUCUUUGUUCCUUUCCUUCUAAAGUAAUUCAGCUAGAGAAAUUAAAGCUUUUGGAGUUGAAUUUAUGGUUUGAAUGGGGAUAAUGAUUGGGUUUUCUUUUUCUAUCUUUUACUGGUUUAGGUGUAUGGGUUUUAGGGGAUAUAAGUCUAAAACAAUGCAUGCUUUGCCACUGAAGUGGAGAAAAGAAGAUGAACUUUGUUUAGAUUUUCUAUGUUAAUUGGGGCCUUUUGUCAUAGUUGAUUGAUGUACUCUAGCUUGGGCUGGUUUUCUGUGCUUUAGAUUUUUUUUUUCAACAAAUGAAUUGGGUUGAUGUUGCUGUUCAAAGAAACAAGGAAUAUCUCUGCUGGUGAAAAUGGAGUUGCAAUUUUAUUGGUGAAUGGAUUCAUCAAUGGCUUUCAGUUCAUGACUUGAUGGUUUUCGGUAUCCAUGCUUUCCUUUCUGGGUAUUUGAUGGUGCAUUUGCUUUAAAGGGUUUUCUUUUCACAUCUGGUCGAUUUGCGUGUGAGAAGAGAUUCCUGUUUAAGAUGAUCAAACAAAUACUUAAUAGGCUCCCUCGGAAACCAUCUAAGUCGAGUGAUAAUCGUGAGGGAGGAACCUCUACCUCAUCAUCAAAUGCUUACACCAGUUCAAGAAACAGCGAUUUAGCGAGUAAUCAUUAUGCAAACUCAAGCGGUGCAUCGUUUUCUGGCUUUCAUUCUACAAAUUCUGGGCUGAAUCAAGGGAAUAAGAUUUCUCAAGUGGUGAAUGCAAAGCUGAAUGGGAACACUGUUGCUACUUCUUUUGAGCCAUUGCCUAAUUUUAGAGAUGUUCCAAAUUCCGAGAAGCAGAACUUGUUUAUCAGAAAAUUGAACAUAUGUUGCAUUGUGUUUGACUUCACUGACCCGACAAAAAACGUCAAAGAGAAGGAUAUCAAGCGGCAGACUUUGCUAGAGAUCAUGGAUUAUGUUUCAUCUGCUAAUGGGAAAUUUUCGGAGAUCGUUAUGCAAGAAAUUGUCAAGAUGGUGUCUAUAAAUUUGUUUAGAGCACUUACUUCUGCACCACGUGAGAACAAGGUUCUAUUAGCGUUUGAUUUGGAAGAGGAGGAGCCCUCAAUGGAUUCUGCAUGGCCUCAUCUACAAGUUGUUUAUGAAUUUCUUUUAAGGUUUGUGGCAUCACCUGAGACGGAUGCAAAAUUGGCCAAGCGAUAUAUCGAUCAUUCUUUUGUUCUAAGGUUGUUAGAUCUUUUCGAUUCAGAGGACCCCAGAGAAAGGGAGUACCUGAAAACUGUUCUGCAUCGCAUCUAUGGGAAAUUUAUGGUCCAUCGUCCGUUCAUCAGGAAAGCGAUCAACAACAUCUUUUACCGAUUCAUUUUUGAAACCGAAAAACACAAUGGAAUCGCAGAGCUAUUAGAAAUACUUGGAAGUAUAAUCAAUGGGUUCGCUUUGCCACUGAAAGAAGAACAUAAGCUCUUUCUUGUUCGUGCAUUGAUACCACUUCACAAACCAAAGUGCAUACCCAUGUACCAUCAGCAGUUAUCUUACUGCAUUACUCAGUUUGUGGAGAAAGACUGCAAGCUUGCUGAUUCUGUUAUUCGAGGCUUGCUAAAGUAUUGGCCCAUUACAAAUAGCUCAAAAGAAGUCAUGUUCUUGGGUGAACUGGAGGAAGUUUUAGAAGCCACACAACUUGCUGAGUUUCAACGCUGCAUGGUACCCUUAUUCCACCAGAUAGGCCGUUGCUUGAGUAGCUCGCAUUUUCAGGUGGCAGAGAGGGCUUUGUUCUUAUGGAACAAUGAUCAUAUUGAAACCCUAAUAAAACAGAAUCGAAAUGUUAUACUUCCCAUUAUCUUCCCCUCCUUGGAAAAGAAUGCUAGAAGCCACUGGAAUCCAGCAGUGCAGAGCUUGACUCUAAACGUCCGCAAGAUUUUCUCCGAUACCGACCCUGAGCUCUUUGAGGAGUGCUUGCAUAAGUUUGAGGAAGACCAAGCUCAAGAGAACGAGGUCAAAUCGAAACGCGAAGCCACAUGGAAACGAUUAGAAGAGAUUGCUGCAAUGAAAGCUGCAAGUAAUGAACCCGUGCUCGUCUCCCCGAAAGCAACUACUCGCAACCCGUCUUGCUAGGACAAGAGAUUGCCGUUUUAGCUACCUGACAUUUUCAUGUCAAGAACGGUUCGGGGAAACGUAGGUCGGUGGACAUGAUGGUUUCAAGAACAGAAAUGAAGAUGAAGCCGAGUUUUCCAUCAUAUCAAGUGUUCACUCACACCUUCUGAAAAUCUGGUUUGCUGGAUUUUUUGAUGUGUCACUUGGAUUCAUCAACAUGUGGGGGGUAAAAUCUAAAACCCCUUCUGCUCAUAUAUGCAUAAAAUGUGUAUAUAUAAUGGAUUUGGAGACGGGAAACAAAUGAAUUUGGCUUGUAAAGUAGACUUCUUUUCCAUUCAUAAUCUUUUUUAAGGAUGGGUUCCACAUGUUUUA